AAAGAGUAUAUUCUGGUGAAUAAAACGAAAGAUGAAGGCAAAAGAGACCAGCUAAUGAACUCGAAAUGCGUACAUUUUAGCCGGAUACUGGGGAGCCUCAAUUUUUAGAUAGAGAGAGAUACAUGCGAGUAGUAGUACUAUUUUGCUGUGGACAGAAAACAUCAAUCAUUCCACCAUCUACGCUUCCGGUUGAUUGUUACUGAACUGAAUAUAACAGUUAUUAUAAGUACGUUGGGUGAGUCAAAGGGAAACUUCGUGUUGCUUAAGCUAGCGCGUGGUUUUGAAGAUUCGAGCAUUUACCUGUCUCCGCAAUCAUGCCUUUUUUUAUUGGCCAAUGCCGUAAAUUUAAAGCAGAAUUACACUUUCGUAUAUAAUCCACCUUCCAUACAGACAUAAUCGUGUCUUCUUGAUCCUAUAAUAUAGUUGCAAUUAGAUUAGAAAGUACAACCCCCUAUUCAACUUUUUUUUCAAGUAUCAAGUACAGGUUUAAAUGUCUUCUGCUAUUCAACGUUUUUUUGGGAAGAAAACCCCUGAUGAGCUUGUCAAAAAAUGGAGACAGGAAAUUAGGGCACAACAAAGAGGCAUUGAUAGACAAAUCAGGUCUAUUGAUACUGAGGAAGCGAAGGUGAAACGGUCUAUCAAGCAAGUCGCUAAAAAGGGAGAUACCAAAAGCUGCAAGUUGCUUGCAAAAGAAUUGAUACGCUCACAGAAGCAUAAGAACAGAUUAUAUACCAGUAAAGCACAGAUGAACUCCAUUAUUAUGCAGUUAGAGCAUCAGUUAGCGACCUUAAAGGUAGCCGGCACUUUACAAAAAAGCAGUGAAGUGAUGAAAUUAGUAAGCCAGCUUUCGAAAUUACCUGAAGUUUCAAAGACAAUGCAACAAAUGUCAAUGGAAAUGACUAAAGCGGGACUAUUGGAAGAAAUGAUAGGCGAUACCAUAGAUAUGAUGGAUGAUGAGGAUAUUGAAGAGGCGGCUGAUCAGGAAGUUGAUAAUGUGCUAUAUCAGAUUACGGAUGGACUACUAGGAGAGGCAGGCUCUGUUGGGCCUGCAAUUGUACCUAACACUGGUGUACCGCAACAAGUAGAAGAGGAAGAAGAAGAAGAAGAAGAACCAGAGCUAGAUAUGAUGCAAAAGCGUUUACAGGUAUUGUAUACACAGCUAUAUAUAUGGUGUGUAGCGCUCAUUUGCUCAUGUAAACUAUUAUUCUUAGGCGCUGAAGGGUUAAAGAUUAUCAAUAACGUUUUAAUGAAGUUUUUUGUGCUAUCUCUCGAAUCCUGUUCGAAUCUAGAGAAUUGUAAUUCACAAACAUUACCUAACAAGUUUAAAUAUACACAUCAAAGAUUAUACGUAUCUGAAUCAUGUUCACAACUUAUUCUUUAA